CUUUUUAUUUCAUUGAAAAUGUGAUUGUUCGUGUUUUUCUUGAUUUAUUAAACAUUUGAUUACCGGAGCGAAGCGAAAGUUAAAAAAAAUUACCGCAGUGCCGUGUAUAUAAAAAUAAACCGAGGCCGGGGGGUCUUGGCUCCUUUUUUUUUUCUGUACCAACACUUAUAGAAUGUCAUUCACCGCUCGCACAUUACUUGGAGCCAAUGCCAGAGCAUUGUCACGCAAGUGUUUUUCUCAAUGUCAAGUCAAGACAACAGCUUCUCCCAUGAGAUUUUAUGCAACAACUAAACAAGAGAUUCGUCAAAAGGCAGCGAUUGGACCUUUUACUAUGAAGGCAGCAGCAGUCUUUUUAACAGUGGGAGGAGGAUUAUUAUAUUACUUUCAAUCAGAGAAGGAAAAGGUCGAGAAAUUACGUAUUGCAAAGGAAGCAGAGAAAUCCAAGACACAAUCGUUUGGUAAGCCCAAGCUUGGCGGAGAUUACAGCUUAACCAAUGUCCAUACAAGCAAACAAUUUGGGUCUGAAGAUUUGAAAGGAAAGUUCAGUUUAAUUUACUUUGGAUUUACACAUUGUCCAGAUAUUUGCCCUGAAGAGUUGGACAAGAUGGCAGAAGUAGUUGACCAAACGAAAAAACAAGUGGGAGAAAAUGUUCUUGUCCCGAUUUUUAUCACAUGCGAUCCCAGACGUGAUACAGUUGAAAUUGUAAAGGAAUACGUGAAAGAUUUCCAUCCUGAUUUGAUUGGUUUAACUGGAACCCAAGAGGAGAUUAAGAGAGUGGCCAAACUCUUUCGGGUGUACGUUUCUUCACCUCCUGAUAUUAGUGAAGGAGAUGAUUACCUGGUCGACCAUUCCAUCUUUUUCUACUUGAUGGAUCCAGAGGGUAAAUUCCUCGAUUGUUAUUCUCAAAACUCAAAGGCUGAGGAAGUCACUGAAGGAUUUAAGACUUACUAUAAAGAGUACUUAGAAAAUGGCGGAACAUUAAACAAGUCUGCCAUUGAAAAAUAAACUUUUUUUUAAAUAUA